AAAUCCUCGGCAGUGAACAGAAACUGGAUGGGGCAGGGGCGACAGCAACUCUUCUCGGAUCAAGGCCAUGAAACCAAAAUCCCUUUACAUAGAUAUACCAAGAUUGUUUGGAAAUGGAGAAGCAUCGUCAACAUUUCGGGAGAGCCAAGGGCCGUCGUACUGCCGGCAGGUUGAUGAAAACCCCGACUUGGAGGAGCGUCACGAGAGCGAGAGACGGGGCAAAGCGGAGAAGUGUUCUCGUGAAGUUCACUUCGCUAUUUUGGCUGAGAAAUACCAGCCUCUGAGCGAAGACGACGAGAUCAGUCAGCGGAGAAAAGAGGAGAGGAAGAUAAAAAAGAAACAGAAAAUCAAGAAGUACAGAAAGAAUGUCAGAAAGGCCUUGAGCUACUCCUGGAAAUGCCUGCUGUUCAGCCUUCAAAACUUUUCUGUUGGACUCUCCACCCCUGUCUCGGCAGCUGUUCACGUCGUCCCAGAGUUCCACUAGGCCAGGACAAGAAAAUAAAAUCUGGGACGUUAAAAGAAAGAAUAUUCCAUAAAGGACUGACUCAUGAAUUUCUUGUAAUGGACCAAAAAAAAAUAAAAAAAUAAAAACUUUUUUUUUAUUUUUUAUCACACAGUUUACCACAACAGUUUUUAAAUAUUUCUGUCCUGGACACAAGCCUGCCAAAACCAGAGAAGCAAGGUGAUUAGUGUCUGGUUUGUCAAAAGAGCACAUUUUUCAUACUGUCACGCUUGUCACCCCUGUCAGAGGGCACAACUCAUAUUGAGCUGCAACUUGUAAUUAUAAAGUCACUCACUACUAAUAUGUAACUAUUCACUGAUAUAUGUCUUGAGCAAGACACUGAUUACAGCAGAAGACAUUUGUAUUUUGUAUGGAAUGUGUAUGCUAAGUAGAGAUUGUGAUUGUGGGAUAGAUUAGAGGAGGAAGAACGAACAUAAAUCAUAUGUUCAAUCAUUGAUCAAAAGCAAAAGUUGUUUAUAUAUCAAUGUCUUCCAUUCAUGUUAGUGAUGAUGUCAAGUUUUGCCAGUUAUGCCAUGUAAUAUGUCCUGACUUAGCAAAAACAGCUACAUAGUCAGAGAGAGAGAGAGAAAGGAAGUCAUUGUUUAUGGAAGUACUUUGAGGAAGUAAAUUAACAAACUAUAAUGGUUUCACUUAAGAGAGAGAGAAAGAAAGUUGGAAAGACAGAAAUCAGAGGACUAGAGUAACAGACUCUAGUCUAUGCUGUGCCUGGUAAAAGGGAGAUUUUGAAUGUGCAACCGGUGGUGAGGCUAGAUCUUUUAUUGCUCGACACCUGUCAGUAUGCUGGAAAUAUGAUGACUAUUACAGAAUUGUAUUGUGGAGUAAUCUUUAAUAAAGGCACAUCAAUACA